UCGUUCAUCACAGUUCGUUCAUCGUUUAUCGUUGAUGAAGUAUGCUACCAACUCUCGCAUUUACUGUAAAAAAAUAUUUUAAUACAUAGCUGCAGUGCUAUAAACUUGUGUUUAAAUUUAAAAUCUAACAUUUUAAAUAACGAACAUGUGCAAAAAAUCAUUAAUAAUAAAUCUGUAGUGUUUAUAUAAUUUUACAUUAUCACCAGCUUUCACGAUAUCCUAAAAUUUUUUCGGAGUACCGUUUUUUAAAUCGUGAAUACAGUGGAAUACUUCUAUUUUUGUGCUGCUUAUGGUUAUCGUAUCCUGCCAUCGGAGGUGCUUUAUGUUUUUCGGUGAUUAAUAAGUGAACAACGUUUUGUCAAAUGAUUCUGCGUUUUCUAUCUUGAUAAUUGACAUUGGACGUACUAAUGGGAACAUACUGAAAAUAAUUCUAUUGAUUUUAAUUAUUUACAUUUAACCUGAAAUAUGGGGAAGUAUUCUGGAAAGAAAUGUCGAUUAUUAUCGAUGUUAUGGUUGACGGGCAGUUUCUUUAUAGUGGAAUUAGUUGUCGGCUAUGUUACAAACUCUAUGGCACUGGUAGCAGACUCCUUUCACAUGCUCAGUGAUGUAGCCGCCCUGGUCAUAGCGUUUUUAUCAGUUAAGAUGUCACCAAAGAAAUGGUCAAAGAACACAUUCGGUUGGGCGCGGGCUGAGGUGCUAGGUGCUCUGGUGAAUGCCGUGUUCCUAGUGGCCUUAUGCUUCAGCAUCACCGUGGAAGCUGUGCAGCGGUUCAUCAAUAUUGAGAUAAUACACAACGCGAAGCUCUUGGUCGCUGUGGGCACUCUGGGACUGAUUUUGAAUAUAGUGGGACUGUUUCUAUUUCACGAGCAUGGCAGCAGUCACGGGCACACGCACGGCGGUGUACCGCCACCGUCGAACGUGCGCCACUUGACCGAGCUGGUGAACAGCAACGCGGACAUGGCCCUCGGCCACGCAGCCACCGAUACAGAGGAGACGGACGAAAUGGUGCCGCCGAAGGUGGACAAGCUUCCAAGCAAGCAGGCGCCGAAGCCGACAGACCCCGGCCACCUGAACAUGAAGGGCGUGUUCCUGCACGUGCUGUCGGACGCUUUGGGUUCGCUAAUAGUGGUAACAUCAGCGCUAGUGGUGUGGCUGACUGAGUGGGAGUACCGUUUCUACAUAGAUCCGGCACUCAGUAUCGUUCUAGUGAUCCUCAUAUUAGCCUCCGUGUGGCCUCUGCUGAGGGAAUCGGCGCUCAUUCUGUUGCAGACCGUGCCCACACAUAUACAGGUGGACGCUAUUCAGAGGCGUCUAUUGGAAAAAGUGGAUGGAGUGUUGGCUGUGCAUGAGUUCCACGUGUGGCAGUUGGCUGGUGACAGGAUUAUAGCCAGCGCACAUAUAAGGUGUAGAAACCUAUCGGAGUACAUGAAGAUAGCUGAAAAGGUGAAGGAGUUCUUUCACAACGAGGGAAUCCACUCGACCACCAUACAGCCUGAGUUCGUAGAACUGCCCCUGGAUGGCAAUGAGAUGAUCAGCUCGUCAGCUGAGGCGCCGUGCGCGUUACACUGUCCGCCCAACGACCUCUGCCACAACGCCACGUGCUGCGGGCCCAACCAACAGAAGCAAAGCACUCCAUCGCCGUCAGUCACACCGUACAUGUGUAGGCAGAGGAACAUGGGCUCGCGAACCGAGUCCGUCAAUUCUAAUAUUGGCGCUGGCGGACAAGGCGCCGCUACUGCUAGGAAUUUAGACGCAUUGGAGUGCGGCUCGUUACUACCAUCCCCGAUGGGCGAAGCUCGGCUGACGGUCUGACAGGCGGCCGGCACCUAACGCACUGCGGGACGCCACGUCCCCAUACAUAUUAGUUGUUUCACAAAUUAUAUCUAACAACUAACUAAAUAACGUUUAUACGAAUGCAUUUCACUGUAUUAUUUAUACCGAAAUUACAAGUUAUGAGAUUAAGAGCCAGUCUCACCGCUCGCUGAUAAAGCGCCUGAUAGCCUAUUUAACACUUGACGUAUGUUUUCAUACAUUACUUGCUAUUUUAACUGACUAUUAUACGGGACAUAUCCAGACGCUGUGACGCAGCUAUAAGUUAGUUUUACAAUUCUGCAUAUGUUCUGUAUAGCUGUAAUGAAAGUAUAGAUCGUUCAAAAAGUGUCAAGUAGGCUAUCAGUGACUUUAUCAGCGAGUACUGUAAUUGGCUAGAUCGCUAAGCAUUUAUUAUGAUGUUUUCCAAAUGUGUUUUGUUAUAAGUGCGUUGAUACCACCGACAUUUUGUCCUAUCGCCUUUAAGUAACAAAGUAAUACGCACAGACUUCGCCACAUUAUAUUUUCACCAAAUUUGCAUGACGAAUAAUAAUUCGCCACCAAAUAAUAAGAAAUAGGUAUCAAAUACAAUGUGUUCUUAGUGAUAAGCGUUCUAGAAACGUACUCGUAUGUUUGUAUCCAAAGUUGUUGAAAUGAAAAUUAAUAUAGGUAAUCGAAAAAUCAAUUUUUGUUACUAUUAUAACCAGAUUCAAUAGUAUAUAUAAAUUUAAAGUUUGCUUUUUACCGACUUUGCAUUAGCAACGAUUUGUUUUAAAUCAAAAUUAAGUGGGAAACAGACGAAAGUGUAGUAUUAUAAAGAUAAUUAAAAUAAGAAAUUCAGGGUUAAUAGUUACUAGAACUUUAUUUAGGUUUGGCAAUCGUCCACUCAUUGAAUACUGUUUUUUUAUACCUUUUAAUAAUAAAUAAAUAUAACUAACACCUAUGCACACAUUUUCGAUAGAAUUACGCAUUCGAAAUGCAAAAGUACAACUAACACACCAAUUAUAACUAAUGGCAGUUUUUGACAGUGACACUAUUUCCCGCCCUUUUUUAUGCACAGCUUGUCCAAAAGUAAGUCACGUGACACAUUGACGAUUUUCUCGCUUCUAUUAAUAUAAUAACCAAGGUCGUUGACCUGAUAUUUUCCACGUGGAAAUAACGAAAGAUAAAAUAAUCUUAUCUGCGUAUCGAUCUAUUUUUGUGUCAACAUCAGUCUUUUCCAUUUCAAUGUUAUUUACGAUAUAAAAGCCACUUCUCUUGCUUUAAGUUAUUAACAUAUGCAAUACUAAUCGGCUGACUAAAGAUAUAUAGAUAUUAGAUAAAUAAUAAUAACGGUAUCCUCAGAAAGGGGCUUAGGAAAUAAUAUUAGUAAUACUUGCAUCAUCAUUCAGUAAUUUUAUUCACGUGUUCAUGUCAUUCGUCUUAUAUGAUUAAUGAAAUGAAAUCAUUUUAAUUUCUUUAAAUUUAUUUUGGCUGUUGUUGAAAGUAUUUUAUUACGAAGUAUAUUUUUAUUUUGUGUUUCGUAAGUUUAGUACGUUUUGUAUUAUUUUGAAAAGUUUCUAGGCGUUAAUGCAAUAUUAAAAUUGACGUAUGUAUUAAUACUAAUCGACUGAUGUGUAUUAGUACUGACGACUAUGUUUGAAUAUAAAAUAACAUGAAGAAUAUAUCACAAAUAUAAUGCGUGAUACAAAAUAAAAUACAUAGGUAAUUAGUUUUUGCUAGAUUUUUACAUUAUAACUGUAAAGAUUUAAACCAUGAAUAGUUUAAUUUAUUGAUGUUUUUAAUUGUUUAAAAAUUGACAUAAAGUGCAUUAGAUAGAAUAAUUGUAGUAAAUAGUUGUUUCACACCAAAUAUUGUGUGCAUUUUUAGGACAUAACUUCGAAUUUCUAAGAACCAUAGUGCAAGCUGUGGCAGUAGAAACGUAUGUGCCACAAAGCUUUUUGAUAAAUUACUUUGUCUAUAGAUACAUAUUUUACCCUUUUUAAAUACAUUUUUUUUUUAUAUUUUUAAAUCACUUUUUUCGUGAAUCGGGAGGUAAUUUUUAUUACUCAAAGAAUUUAUUCAAACUCAAACCUAUUCUUCAUUGUCACACCUGGCUCUAAGGUUCUCAUUUCAUUUAUAUAACACUAACAUAGUUAUUAUGGUUAUUAUUACAACACUUAAAAAUUGUGAUCGUCAUUUUAAUAUAGGAAAAUAAUUAAGUUUAAAAAAAAAUUGUAUUGAAGAACGUCACACCCGGUUCAAAAAAAUCAUUUCAUUAAAUAAAAUAAAUAAAAAAUCAUAUUAAUAUUCAUGUAUUGAUAAAUUUAAAGGAUAAAUGUAUCAGUCCGUUAUUAUAGAUAUUAAAUAUAUAAGAAGUAUGAGAAGCGUUUUAGGUUUUGUACUAAAAUUUUAAUACUAUACAAUAUAAAUGCAUAAUUAAUAAUAUAUCGUGUAUAUUACGGCACAGCCUACGUGAUUAUUUUUGGUGUCUGUUUUUCAAUAUAUUGUUUUGAAAUUUACGUUGCUAUGAAAUUAGAAUAACCCAAGACGUGUACUGUCUUGUACUGUCUUGUUCUUGUGUUUUAAAAUAUAAAUGGUUGGUGUUAAUUUAAGUAUCUGAACUCAGCCGUUUAAAUGUUUUGUAAUAAUAACGCAAAACACGAGGAGUAAUAAUAGACUACAGAUAUCUCAUUCAGUUCUUAAAAUGGUCAGGGUUGAAUAAAAAUAUUAUUUUUUUUCAAGUUUAACCACAGAUUAUGAGAUAUUCAGAGAGCAUUUCUAUUGAUUACAACGAAGCGUCCGAUGAGCAGGUAAUAUGAUAAUAUCGAGCUUACAAUAUAUUCAUUCGUUUAAUAUUUAUUUUACAUUUAAUAUUCUCAGCUCAGGUACAAAUAAUGAUCCGAUAGUAACUCUUUAAAGUUACACACUAAAUAUUUAAAUAAUUCAACGAUAUUUGAAAAACAGGCAUCUCUAGUUAAAUUAAUUCUAUAAAAAGAGCGAGUCUGAGUGCAAAUAUUGUUUACGGUUUGAUUGUUAGUGCAAUUGUGGAAGUGUAUUUCACAGUUAUUAAAAAUGUACGAAUUAA